UGCUCCUAUAUGCAUAAAAGCCGCUAUAUAGAACAUAAAUCAUUUAUAAUUUUCAGUCUCUCUCUCAGUUUCUUCCCUAAAGAUGGAUAUUGCUAUACUGUCAUCUAUCAUUUUCUCCUUUGCUUUUGCUACCAUUUUAGCAUGCCUUUGGAUGGUGCUGGAUCGGAUUUGGUUCAAGCCAAAGAAGCUAGAGAUGAUGCUUAGAAAGCAAGGUUUCUCCGGCAACCCCUACAGACUUGUUUAUGGAGACACUAAGGAGAUGUUCAUGAUGACAAAACAAGCGAAAACCAAACCCAUCAACCUCUCCGAUGAUAUUGCACCUCGAGUCCUGCCAUUCUUCCAUCAUAUUAUCAAGAAAUACGGGAAAAAUUCAAUGACAUGGCAAGGUCCAACUCCAGCCAUAAGCGUCACGGACCCCAAAUUGAUAAGAGAAAUCUUAUCCAAAUAUGAAACUUUUCAGAAACCCAAGACCACCCAAAUUUCUAAGUUGGUAGUGACAGGGAUGUUGACGUACGAAGGUGAACAAUGGGUUAAAGUCAGAAGGAUUGCCAAUCCAGCUUUCCAUCUUGACAAGUUGAAGGAAAUGAUACCUAAAUUUUAUUUGUGUUGCAACGACAUGAUAAGGAAAUGGAAAAUCUCAACAUUGAAUGAAGACUCCUAUGAAUUAGACGUGUGGCCUCACAUUAAAGAUUUAGCAAGAGAUGUAAUUUCUCGGACAGCAUUUGGUAGUAGUUAUGAAGAUGGGAGAAAAAUAUUUGAACUUAUAAGUGAACAACUUGAUCUUUUAUUUGAAGUUUUCCACUUAAGUCUCAUUCCAGGCUGGAGGUUUUUGCCCACAAAAGCAAAUAGAAAACUAAAAAGUAAUUAUAAUGAAAUGCGAGAGUUGAUCAAAGGCAUCAUAAAGAAAAGAGAAGAGGCCCUGAUAGUUGGUGAAGCAAGUAGUGAUGAUCUAUUGGGUUUAUUAGUGGGAUCAAAUCACAAAGAAAUUCAAGAGCAUGGGAACAAAGAAAGUGGAAUGAGUCUUGAAGAGGUGAUUGAGGAGUGCAAACUUUUCUAUCUCGCUGGCCAGGAGACUACUGCAACUUUGUUUGUAUGGACAAUGAUUUUGUUAUGCAUGCAUCAAAAUUGGCAGGAGCGCGCAAGAGAAGAGGUUUUACAAGUUUUUGGGAAUAAAGAACCACGAUUUGAUGAGCUGAACCAAUUGAAAGAAUUGCACAAAAUUCUUCAAGAGGCUCUAAGGCUAUAUCCACCAGCAGCUCAGAUUGAUAGAGCUACUACUACAGAGUGCAAAUUAGGAGAAACCAUUAUACCACCUGGAGUUAUACUUUCAGUACCGAUAAUUUUGGUUCAUCAUGAUGAAGAAUAUUGGGGAGAUGAUGUAAAAGAGUUCAACCCAGAUAGAUUUUCUCAAGGAGUGUCAAAGGCAUCAAAGAAUGAUCAGGUCUCAUUCUUUCCAUUUGGUUGGGGUCCAAGAAUAUGUAUAGGACAAAAUUUUGCAUUGCUAGAAGCAAAACUAGCUUUAGCAAUGAUUCUACAAAACUUCUCUUUUCAACUUUCUCCAACCUAUGUCCAUGCGCCCGUUCGUGCCCCAACUAUAAAACCACAGUAUGGUGCUCCAAUGAUUUUACACAAAAUUUAGUCUUUUAUUUAAUAACUAGCUUUGAUACAAUUUACGAACUAAAUUUUACUUAAUAAUAUGUAUUUUAUGUAUGCACAUCAAAGUUGGUAAAAACAUGAAAUAAAAUAAGUUUGAUCUUCAA